AUCGCGACCACGAAGGAAGGAUCGGUACCACAGUUGGCGAUUCCAACAGAAUACCAAACGGACGAGUUCAGAGAACUGUUCGAGGAAAAUGAGGCAACGGACCUAGCAGACCAUCAGGAUUGGGAUCACGAGAUCAUCCUUGAUGAGGGAGCUAAGUUGAGCCCAGGACCAAUGUACCCU